AUGGCCAAGGCAAUGCUUUUGAUAGCUGCUGCCAGCGCCUCUGCUGGAGCGGCUGUCACUGCAAUAUUCUUAGGAAGACGCGACGGCCAAUCGCAACCUGCGUCUACGAUAGCCCCUCCUGGCCCUCCAACCGCAGGACCCUCCACACCUGCUCUCGCUACAACAGGAGGUCUUCAAAGUGGUUCAAAGAACAUCAUCGAUCCAAGUGGAUGGUUCUCCUAUGGUGCGCCCGGGCCGACAAAUGACCUUGCUCCCAGGACAUCAUUCAUAUCAGUCUAUGACCGCAGAAUGAGGAAUCCAGCCUGGGUCGCCGAGCAUAUCACCGCCGAGUCCCUCUCCGGUGCUAAAGGAGACCGGAAAAACAGCGUUUUUUUAGAGGACCAAGCUGUUCCAGAAAGAUUCCGUGCCAAGUUGAAGGAUUAUUUUAGGAGUGGAUAUGAUCGUGGUCAUAUGGCACCUGCUGCAGACGCAAAGUUUAACCAAAAAGCCAUGGACGAAACCUUUUACUUGACGAAUAUGUGCCCACAAGUAGGGGAAGGGUUUAAUCGAGACUAUUGGGCUCACCUGGAAGACUUUUGUCGACGCCUGACUGCAAAAUAUCAAUCGAUCCGUGUCAUCACAGGUCCCCUCUAUCUACCAAAACUUGACAGCGAUGGUAAGUAUCGUGUUUCGUAUGAAGUCAUUGGCUCACCGCCGAAUGUUGCUGUCCCGACACACUUUUACAAAAUCAUUCUAGCGGAAUCUGGACCUGCUCCUAGCCCAACGACAUCCGUGGCAGUGGGUGCAUUUGUUCUUCCCAAUUCACCAAUUGACAACAAGACACCACUUGCUGAAUUUUCUGUCCCCGUGGAAAUGAUUGAGAAGGCUAGCGGACUGGAUUUCUUGUCUCUAGUUCCAACUGAGCGGCGGCGGUCCCUUUGCCGGGAGGUGGAUUGCAGUAUCCUAGUACGAGAGUUCCCAAAAAGGCCACCCAAAGCCGUGGGUAGUAAAUGA